CAAACUGUAGACAAUUGUGUUUACUCUUUUGCACACAUGUGCCAGAACACGUGCAAUUUGCUUAAAUGAACAAGAAAUUCAAAUCUGGUGUGAACAAGAAACUAAUUAUCCAGAGAUUUGAACUUAUUGUUUUGAGAAAAAAAAAGAAAAAUUAUUCUCAUUUGAGAAUUGAGCCAAAGUGAAUGAGAAAAACUGUAAAUUCUCUUUUCCUCUAUUCUAUUCUAUUCUGCUAUAUUAUGAUUCAUUCUAUUCUGUUCUAUAUUAUGUAACAUUCUAUUCUAUUCUGUUAGAUUAUUCCACAUUCUAUUCUAUUCUGCUAUGUUAUACCACAUAUGCUAUUCUUAUUUAUUCUAUUAUGCUAUGCUCUGUACUAUUUUUUUCUAGUCUAUUCUAGUCUCUUAUGCUACAUUCAAGUCCAGUCUAGUCUAGUCUCAUCCGGUCUAAUCUGUUCUGUUCUGCUAUUCUAUUCUGUUAUAUUAUGCUGCGUUCUAUUCUAUUCUGUUAUGUUACCCCACAAAAUGUUAUUCUUUUCCAUUGCAUUCUGCUACAUUCUAUUGUAUUGUAGUCUAGCCUCAUUUAGUCUAUUGUUACUUUCUGUGCUAAUCUAUUUUAUUCUAUUCUGCUGCAUUCUAUACUAUUUGUUUAUGUUAUGCCACAUAUGCUAUUCUUUUCUAUUCUUUUAUACUAUAUUCUAUUCUAAUCUAGUCUACUCUAGUCUCAUCUUGUCGAAUCCGCUCUGUUAUGCUACAUUCUAUGCUAAUGGAUUCUCAACUGAAUGAAGUGUGACAUUUACUGUUCAAAAUUACAGUAUUUAACUCUAUGCAUUAUAACUAUAUUAUAUUACAGUAAUUAGACUUCCUGUUAUUCAUGUAGGCUAACAACUCUUAUAGAGUUAUGCAUGUGUGGUGUUCUCAUGUUUCUGUUGUUCUGCGAGUCAAUGGGACGUUGCUAAAUGAAGUAGUGUUAAUGAACUACAUUACCCAUGAUCCUCAUGCACCGCUCUGUGACGUCAGCUCUCACGCUGUGUAGACAGCAGCGCUCUGAUUCUCUGGGCAUCUAGUGUACUGUAGACAACUGCACAUCCAACUUCAUUCCUUGCAUGAUUUGUUUGUAUUUUAUCAGAACAACUGUUAUCAUUUAUUUCCAACAACUCUUGAGUGAGUUCACCUGGAGUAACUUUAGUUUGACGCACAACUGCAAAGGCAUAAAGUCUAAGUAGAGAUGUCUAAUAGUGAGACAGUGAUGAAGGAGCUUUGAGGACGAAAGAUUAGGAAGGGAAGAAGGAGGCAAAACCUGAAAUAUUUCAGAGGAAGUCAUUGAAAACUCUUGGCGAAAUCCAGACCAAUGUUGUCUCCAGAGCAGGAGCUUCUGAGCUCUUCAAAACCCAUCAAAUACGGAGAGCUCCUCAUCCUCGGUUACAAUGGCUCGCUACCAAAUGGAGACCGAGGCAGGAGAAGGAGUCGUUUCGCUCUAUUUAAAAGACCCAAAGCCAACGGAGUCAAACCCAGCACUGUCCACACCGCAUGCAGUCCACAGGUCGCCAAGGCCAUUAGCAACAAAGACCAGCACAGCGUCUCGUACACACUAUCAAGGGCGCAGACGGUUGUCGUGGAGUACACACAUGACAGCACGACAGACAUGUUUCAGAUUGGCCGGUCCACUGAAAGCCCCAUUGAUUUUGUGGUGAUGGACACUGUACCUGGUUGUCUCUCUAACAGCGACACUCUGUCAUCUCAGAGCACUAUAUCGCGGUUUGCGUUCCGGAUCGUGUGUCAGAGAGCGCCGCCCUACACUGCUCGCAUCUACGCUGCCGGCUUUGACUCGUCCAAAAGCAUCUUUCUGGGGGAGAAAGCAGCUAAAUGGUGGUGCGCCGAUGGACAGAUGGAUGGACUGACCACGAAUGGUGUGUUAGUGAUGCGUCCACGACAUGGCUUCACCUGCGAGUCCAAACCGGGAAGCUGGAGAGAAAUCUCCGUCUGCGGAAACGUCUUCACGCUCCGAGACACGCGCUCAACUCAGAAACCAGGAAAAAUGGUUGAAAAUGAGUGUCAGGAGUUGGUUGAUGGCUCUUUAAUCGAUCUUUGUGGUGCGACUCUGUUGUGGCGCUCUGUGGAAGGCCUCGCCCGCACUCCCACCAUCAAACACCUGGAGGCGCUGCGAAGGGAGCUGAACGCCGCGCGGCCACAGUGUCCCGUUGGACUCCACACACUGACGUUCCCCAGUUUAGACCACUCAAUUAGGGGUUACGCCCACGAAGACCAGCCCUGGGCGUAUCUUCACUGCGGACACGUGCACGGGUACCACAGCUGGAGGGGGCGCCGGAGAGUCAUGAAGGAAGGAUCGACGGAAGAAGAGGAUGAUGGGUGCGAGACGAAAGCAGGGAUGGAACUAUUGAAGGAGGAAGAGAGAGAGUGUCCAUUGUGUCGUACGCGCGGUUUGUACGUUCCGUUGAAGCUGGGACGCGAGUCGGGCUUCUAUCUGGACGCGGCGCCUCCGACGCACGCUUUCAUCCCGUGUGGACACGUGUGUUCAGAACGAACGGCCUCGUUUUGGAGUAAACUGCCGCUACCGCACGGAGCUUACGGUUUUUACACAGCAUGUCCAUUCUGCAUGAGGCCACUUGCUCGAGACAGGAAAUACGUGAGACUGAUCUUUCAGGGACCGUUGGACUGAGAGAGUGUGUUUGUGUGUGUAAUAUUACACUUCUCUGAUCAUUUACUCACCCUCAUGAUGUUCGAAACAUGUAUGACAUUCAUAUAAUAAAAGUGGCUGAGACUUACCAUCAUGUCUAACAUCUCCUUUUGUGUUCCACAAAAUAAAAGUCAUAUGGGUUUGGAACAACAUGAGGGUGAGUAAAUGAUGACAAAAAAAAAUCCAUUGGACUAGCAGUGCUCUUAUGCGUUGCUCUCCUGAGAACAAAAGUGCCAACUCACAUAUUUAUCACUCUGUUUUUACCCACAAGCCAUCUGUUCUCUGCACCGCAGCUUUGACCCUCUCUGAUUGGACGGAGCGAAAUAUUCGCUUUACAUUACAAAGUGACUGAGGUUCAGCUUUCCUGAGCCUUUCACUGCUAUUGCCUUUCAAUAAAUAAUAAUAAACAUUCAAAUGCUUUACCUGUCAGGAAUCUGUACUAGUACACUCAAAAGUGUAAAUCACUAAAUGUUUAGGUGUGUAUACUAACGAGUAAGCAAAACUAUUAACAUGUUUCCUGAAUUGUUCUUUUGAAUUAAUGAGUUCGGUUCAUUUUUGCGCUUGUUAUUUCAAACUGCAAACGAUUCUUUUCUCUCUUAAAAUACCAAUGAGUUUCAUCAUUAAUGAGUUUGAAAUGAGUUUUUUUAAUUAUAUUAUUUUAUAUUACACUCAACAAAAAUAUUUUAAGAUUUAUGCAUUUAAAUUUCAGAUCAAAAUUCCAUCAAAUUGAAUUAAAUCAUCUUUAAAAAAAAUAAAAAAAAUAAACAUUUUAUGUUUUAUUACUUUAAUGUAGUUAAAUAUUACUCAAUUCAGUUUGAUGGAAUUUUAUAUAAUGUAAAUCUUAAAAUCUUUUUUUUGGAGUGCAUAUUAUAUUAUAUUUUGUGGGUUAAACUGUAUUUUGUUGCAUUUUCUCAAAAAACAUUUUGUAUCAUUCUUAAAGAAUAAAGUUAUUUUGCUCCAACUUCAAUAAAACACUGUUUCCAUUUAGAGAAAACUAUGAGUGAAUAAAUGUAUUAAUUUACAGAAUGAAUGAAUGAAUGGAUGAAUGAAUGGAUGGAAAGCAGAUAAAGAAAGGCAGAAAGAAUUAAUGUCAAAAGAAAGAAAGAAAGAAAGAAUGCUAGAGAAAUAAAGAAAAAGAAAUCUUAAAGGAAAGAAACCAAAUGAAGAAAGAAAAAAGCUAAAAUGAAAGAAAGAAAAAAGAAAGAUAGAAAGAUAAAGAAAAAAGAAAGAAAAAGAUAGAAAGAAAAAAGAAAGAAAAAAGACAGAAAGAAAAAGAAAGAAAAAAGACAGAAAGAAAAAAGAAAGAAA